AUGGCUGAACUAUCCCAACAAGAAUGCGACUUCUCCAUUGUCAAUGCUUUCUCUAGCUCUGUAUUCGGAGGAAACCCAGCUGUCGUUCUCUUCCUCGACGCUCCACUCUCUAAUGACGAUCUAUACCUCAAAAUCGCUCAAAACUUCAAUCAGCCCAUGGCAUGCUUUGUCUUCCCUGCUGAGACUGGGGAAACGGAGCCAGAUGAGACAACAGUGACGUUUCGUAUCCGCUGGUUCACUGUGUCGAGGGAAUCACCAACUAUGCGGACAUGGAACACUUGCGGCCGCCCAUGCACUCCUUGCGCGACCUGGUCUCGUUCCGACACACUCACAGGAGCUGCUGAUCGGAUUGAAAUUGAGAUGCCCUUGUUCGACGCCAAGUCAGUCGAAGAUUCAGAGUUCGCACUAAUAAAGGGAGUGAUCUCUAAGGCUUUCCGUCGAGAUGUCAAAGUGAAAUAUAUUGGAUGCUCUGGGAGCGGAGAACCUGGUUCAGACCAUUAUGUACUCGUUGAACUUGACGAAAGUGAGGCUCUUGGAGAUGUCGACAUAGACAUUCCCGCUUUCAACGAAGAAACGCCCUAUCGGAUUAACAUCCUCACAAGGAAAUCUCAGCAACCAAGCAUCGCAUACGAAGCUCGAAUGUUUGCGCCGCGGUCUGGUGUGCCGGAGGAUCAAGUCUGCGGGUCAGCGAAUUGCCUCAUGGCACCGUAUUGGGCGAAUAAAAUGAAUAUUGCGUCCAAGGCAGAGAUGGUCGCGAAAUUUGUCAGUCCAAGGGGCGGUGUCCUUUGGGUAACCGUUGAUCAGGAGAACAGGAAAGUUUAUCUCGCAGGAGAAGCAAAGUUGACUAUCGUCGGCCAGGUUUUCUUGUGA